AUGGAAUCUCCCUAUCACACAGGGUUAAAUAUACGGAAUUUUAAUGGGAUCUUCAACUGGACGGCAACUUACCGGAGAGAUUCCGACAUAAACGUGCCUUAUUUCCGGGUUCAGAGAAAAGAGACAAACAUGACUACUAUAGCUUAUAAACAACUGGUAGAGGAGAUCCUAUCUUCCAAAUCCGGUUCCCUGAUAGCUUACAUGAACAGUAACUGUUGGGCCAAGCACACCAAGAGACUCUCAUACAUUCGAGAACUGAACAACUAUAUUCCCGUAGACACCUACGGAGGGUGCGGCAAACAACGAUGUCCACGUGGGUCAAUGGAUUGCACGAAAAAACUGGCCCGGCACAAGUUUUACCUGUCGAUGGAGAACAGCCACUGCCGGGAUUACGUGACCGAGAAAGUGGCACAGCCUUUGCUUGAAUGGCAAGCUGUUCCCGUUGUUAUGGGAGGAGCGGAUCCCGGGAACUAUGAGGAUCUCCUUCCUCCCGGAUCCUAUAUCCACACCUCAGGAUUUGGAUCUCCCAAAGAACUAGCGGAAUAUUUGUUACUUCUGGACAAGUACCCAACUCUGUAUGAAAAAUAUCACAGAUGGCGGCAAAGUUGGGAAAAGGCAAACAAUGGGUAUAUGUGUGAAUAUUGUCAAAAGCUUGAUGAAUAUUUCUUAUCGAAGAAAAAUGUGCGCUACGAACGGUACAGGUUCAAGGACGCAAAUCAACAGGCAGGUGAAACGAUAGCACAGUUCGUCACGCGACUCCGGUCCAUUGCAAUAACUUGUGAAUUCCCGGACCCGGACGACGCCAUCGCAGAUCAAGUGAUGGACAAGUGCAGAUCCAACGCAGACUGUUGCGAGAAUCUGAUAUGA